ACGUCGUGGACUGGUGUAGUUACGGUCGGUGGAUACUACCUUAGUUCCUCAGUCGAGUAGUGUUGUGACACCAGACUUUUCGUGACUUGGCUGAAACUGAUCAACUUGAUAGACUAGGGAUGCAUCACGCAUGUUUCUUCCUAUCACAACUGACAAUUUGAAAGUGUUUGGGCCUCUAGGCUCUAUUACCAUGUGGUGGGUAGUCACGUGCGCGCUUCUUGCAGGACUUACCGUAAAGAAAGCGUGGACUUUUACAUCAGAUUUGCCGGCAGGUUCGUUGCCCAUGAAGUCCCAGUUGGUGCACCCGGUCCGUCUCGAUGCCAAUAGACAGGCUCUUUCUGGUCAUCAGGACUUCCGCUGGCGGAAUUUGGAAGACUGGGAACAGAGUGUAGUGUAUGAAUGGAUAGCCUUUAACAGAACAUUCGUUGUGGCAUUAGAAAAUGAAGACAGCUUUAUAGCUCCACAGUUUCAUCUACAAACGGUAGACUCUUACGACGAAAAUGCAACACUGUGGAUACAUCGCGCUCCAGAACGCCGCUGUUAUUACAAGGGUCUAGUUGAAGGCGACAACCAGUCUCGAGUCUCUGUCAGUCUUUGUCAGGGAAUGUUUGGUUUGAUUCAUACUUCUCAUGGAGACUACACCAUUGAACCAGUGCCCUCUAGGAGUGAAACGGAGAAUGUACUCCAGAGAAUUCAUCGUAUGACUCAGCUAAGCUUAACCCAGCCUGGCGGAAAGAAAACCAAUGGUCCUAUAGAAACGUGCUACCUAAAAGAUUCUUCCAAGUUAAAACGAAGAAGAAAAACCAAAGAUAAAACAACGAAUAUUGGAGAAGGUUAUCGUCAUUCUUUUCAUAACGAAAGGGUGCGCUCCAAGCGCUCCGUGUCCAUUGAGCGAAAUGUGGAAGUGCUGAUUGCUGUAGACAGGCAGAUGGCUGACCAGUACGGUGAAAGUUUGCGUCAUUAUGUCCUAACUCUAAUGUCAGCCGUUGCGAUGAUUUACAAGGAGCCCAGCCUUGGAAAUUUCAUCAAUAUCGCAGUAGUGAAGCUGGUUGUUCUAAGUGAGGAAGAGAACCGGGAAGUUGUACAUUCAAGUGCGUCUAAAACAUUACGUAGCUUCUGUCGAUGGCAACAGAUUAACAACCAUGAUGACGACAACCAUCCACAUCAUCAUGAUACUGCUGUCCUCAUUACAAGGGAAGACUUGUGCCGAGUCGCCAAGGCGUGUGAUACUCUAGGUCUGGCAAAUCCAGGAAUGGUGUGUUCGCGCUACAGCAGUUGUGCAAUUGUAGAGGACAACGGACUCAGUGCUGCGUUUACUAUAGCUCACGAGCUGGGGCACGUCCUCGGUAUUCCACAUGACGACGAUUUUAAAUGCAGGAAACAUAGAGAACAUGGUCAAGCGCUAAAAGUUAUGGCAAGAAUGUUAGACGAGAAAAGCCACCCUUGGGACUGGUCACCUUGUAGUAAAAAAUACCUUACAAAUUUCCUUGACACAGGUAAAGGAGAAUGUCUUAACGAUAAGCCGACGGAAAAUCUUAUGGAUAAUCCAUCGAUCAGCGACAGGUACCUCGGUGAACUGUACGACAUGGAUUAUCAGUGUGAGCUGGUUUUCGGCGGGGAGUCAAAAAUUUGCCCCUACAUGCCCGUAUGUAGAAAGUUGUGGUGCACGCUUCACGGAACUUACACCUACGGCUGCAGGACUCAACAUAUGCCGUGGGCCGACGGAACAUUUUGUGGCCCUGACAAGUGGUGCCAACGGGGUGAAUGUGUGAAAGUGGCUGAUAAACAAAAACAAGAACCCGUUGAUGGUCAGUGGGGAGAGUGGCAAGGUUAUGGUCCGUGUAGUAGAAAGUGUGGGGGUGGUGUCCAGAGAUCAGUUCGAGACUGUGACAGUCCUAGGCCUGCAAACAGAGGAAAAUACUGUUUGGGACGAAGAACUCGUUAUCUCUCCUGUAACAUGCACCCAUGUCCCUUCGGAACGACAGAUCCUCGAGCUGAAGAGUGUUCCUUAUUUAAUGGAAUGACAAUGAACUUUCCCGGGCUGCCCUCUAACGUCAAAUGGCUUCCAUAUUAUUCAGAAGAUCGUACUGAGGCCUGCAAGCUUUAUUGUCAAGAUCAUGAAACAUCUGCUCACUUCCUCCUGAAAGACCGAGUCACAGACGGGAUCCCUUGUUGGGAGGAGUCGUUUGAUGUUUGUGUGAACGGUGUGUGCGAGAAUGCUGGUUGUGACCGUGUGUUGGGAUCAAACAAAACACUAGAUCGCUGUGGAAUAUGUGGAGGUGACAGUUCCACCUGCAAGACAGUACAUGGACACUUCAAUGAAGUCAAAUAUGGUUACAACUCCGUCGUCAUGAUUCCAGCUGGAGCAACUAACAUUGAAAUUCUUCAGUAUGGGUACCAAAACUCUCAUCUGGAUGACAACUACUUAGCUCUUCUGUCACACAACCAGAAUUACCUGAUGAACGGUAACUUCACUGUCACACCUUUCAAGAAAACCAUAAAGUACUUUGGUGCAACCUUAGAGUACAGCGGAUCAAUCGCUGUGGUCGAGCGUAUAAACUCUUCGAAACCACUAAAGCGGAAACUGUAUGUUCAGGUUCUUACUGUUGGAAGUCUUCGUCCGCCUGACAUUCGGUUUGAAUACACCGUAUCUCUACGAGAUCAAAAUAAAUACCGAUGGGAUCUGGAGAAAUGGUCAAGCUGUUCUCAUUUGUGUGAAGGUGAAAUGUUUCGGCGUCCUGUCUGCGUAAGAAUCUUUGACAAUCAAGUAGUCAACGACAACCAUUGUGGUGCUACUGACAAGCCUUUAGAACUGGCGAAAACGUGCAAUGACCACUGUAUUCUCAGAUGGAACUUCACCGUAAUAACAGAAUGCUCUGAGCAGUGUGGUCCAGGCACUAGACAGCGAGAUGUUAAGUGCCUUCAGGAGUUUACCAACAACACAGCACAACAGGUUAACACCCAAUUCUGUGACCACCUUGUUGAUAAACCACGUGACUCCGAACAGUGUGAAGGAAGUUGUCCCAAGUCUCACUGGAUAUUUGGAAAUUGGUCGGAAUGCUCGAAAUCUUGCGGAGGUGGUGAAAAAACAAGAAGUGCCACCUGUGUGGAUCCUGACGGGCAAAAUCUUUCUGAAUCUCGAUGUGAAUUAACGGGAAAGAUAACAAGGCAGGAAUGCAAUACCGAUUCUUGUCCAGAGUGGAUGACCGGAGAAUGGGCAGAGUGCUCAGCCACUUGCGGUGAAGGAACGAGAACCCGUUAUGUCACGUGCCAUGACUUUCGCAAUGACGUAGAACUUCCGGAACCUUCCUGUGACAAGACGUCUCGACCCACAAAUCACGAAGUGUGUAAUUCUACACCUUGCGGAUCUUGGAGAACUUCGGAGUGGAGCCAGUGCAACAAAUCCUGCGGUCGAGGUUUUCAAUCACGACAGGUGGCGUGUCGGGACGAGAGAGGAAAAGUCGUGCCAGAUUACAAAUGCGAUGUCUACAGCAGACCUUUCGAGACUAAAGAAUGUAACACCGAAGAAUGUCCACCUUCUUUUCUUGGCUAUCGCUGGUAUCUUGGCCCUUGGAGUUCGUGCUCUGUGACCUGUGGAAAAGGCAUUGAAAGGCGACAACUACGAUGCAUCGACGGACAGGAGCGGUCUGUGGCUGUUGAGAAGUGCGAUGGACCAAUCCCAGAGAACAUAAAAGAAUGCGUGCAAUCUCCUUGUCCAGAAUGGAUAUGGUCAGAGUGGAGUACGUGUUCCGUCAGAUGUGGACAAGGUAUACAGACCCGACAUCCAGAGUGUAAAGAGGAUAGCGUCGCAGUGGACAGCACUAGAUGUGAAGGUGAGAUGCCAAGAAUACAAACACAGAGUUGUUCUCUCAGGCCUUGCAACUAUCAAUGGUCAGCGAGAGAAUGGACCCAGUGUUCGGUAUCCUGUGGUCAAGGUACGCAACACAGAGAAGUCGUGUGUCUUGAUGAAUCCCAGAAGCUUGUUUCUAGGGACCUUUGUGAGGAUCACCCCCCAGCAGACGUGAGGGACUGCAAACAGCCUGACUGUGCACAUUGGGUUUGGACUGAAUGGUCACGGUGUUCUUCCGUUUGUGGCCAAGGUAAACAGAUUCGUCAUUCCCAUUGUUUCCAUGGUAACGAGAUAGUUGGUGAUUUUCACUGUGAGAAGCGGAAGCCCGAACCUGAAACCCGUCUAUGUUUUGAAAAAGCGUGUGUAUUUCGGUGGAAGAAAGGAAGAUGGGGCAAAUGCAGUGUGACGUGUGGACGAGGUCGUCGACAACGAAUUGUCAACUGCAUAGACGGCAAAGGUGACGCAGUGGCCGAUAAGUUGUGUGGACCGAAACGGAAACCUAAAUCCGUGCGUAGAUGUAAGAGGAUCCCAGCCUGUCCGUACUCGUGGAUUCCUGAUGAAUGGACUCAGUGUUCAAGUUCUUGUGGACCAGGAGUGCAACAACGAAGAGCUUUCUGUUAUAAAGUCAACUCCUAUGGGUGGGUGAAUCCUGAACCUGUACCAGAAUCGCUCGAUAAGAGCGAGCCAUGGUGUGACCGUGAAAAACGUCCUAAAACGACUAGGUUGUGCAACUUGGGCCAUUGUAACAGUGGCGCUGUGUGGAAACCUUGGCCUUGGCGAGAUUGUCCGGUAUCUUGUGGAGUGGGAAAACAAAGACGUCGAGUUCCGUGUCAUAACCUGGAAGGUAAAAGAAUCUCAAGAAAAAGAUGUAACCACGCUUUGCGCCCGAAGAAGAAACGCAAGUGCACCAUGAGACCGUGUUCUGCUUCUGCUGUCAGUUGCCAUGACAUCCAAAAAUGGAGAAGAAUAAAGGAAGAUGGAGAGCAAGACAUUUAUGUGCGUGGAAAAAUAGUGAAGAUAUACUGUGCCAAAAUGAACACCUCAAACCCUCAGGAAUAUGUAUCGCUACCUAGCGGAGAGAGCAACAACUAUUCUGAAGUGUACGACAAAAGGUUGUUGAAUCCUGACACGUGUCCCUACGGUGGAAAUCGCCAGGACUCCUGUCCUUGUGUGACGGAGAGAAGGGUGGAAUCAGGGCUGACCAUGUUCAGAAAGCUGGCUGUGAAUCUUACAACUCUACAGGUCAUUACCGAUGAUUUCACGUUCAGUAAAACACCGCAUGGACAGAGGGUAAGAUAUGGAGAGGCAGGGGACUGUUACAGUCUCGAAGAGUGCCCCCAAGGUCGUUUCUCUAUUAACUUAAAGGGUACAGGUUUUAUCGUAUCCGAGGCCACUCAAUGGGAAAAGUAUGGUACCAGGACUACUAUCAAACUACACAUAUUGGAGAAUGGUGAAAUAGUCCAAGGUAAAUGUGGUGGUUAUUGUGGAAAAUGUACACCAGAUGUCAGUGGUCUCUCGUUAGAUGUAGCACCACUUUGACCAAGGAUCACAUAUAGAAGAGAGAUUCUCCUGGAUACCGGUAGUGGUCAGCAGGCCCCCCUGAGUACAGUAUUGUUUUUAACACUUGUUCACUUGUAAAAAGCUCCCGUCAUCGCUGUUAUGUUUUGGUUUUUUAACCUAUAGCACGUCACCAUAUGAAAACACGUCAUAUUUGGAUUGCUAAAGAAAAGGAUUUUUUUCCUCGCUCUGCGUUGACGAAAGGGUUGGUGGUUUAGCCACAAAAACUUAAAUGUUUUGACGAUUUCCGGAUUGACAAGAAGGUAGCACAAAAACCUGGUUAUCUUUUAUCAAAAAGCAUCAUAUUUCUUUGGUUAUUUGUUGUUAGGGAGUAUCACUUUUUUUUCUAAUUAUUUUCUGCCAAAAAAUGUCACAUAUUCUGGUUACCUAUUGACAUCAAAAUGUCACUUUUUUGUUGUAUGUUGUUAAAUAGUAUCACACUUUAACUAUCCAUUGUUUAAAAAUAUUGUGCCAUGGUUAUUGGUUGAUAGAACAUGUUUAAAAGUUAUUUGGUUACUUAUCAAAAAAAGUAUAAAAUUUUCUUAUCUUUUUUUUUAAAGUAAUCAAUUUUAUUGUUAGUUAUACGAAACUUUUAAUAUUUUAUUCGUUUUUCAGGAAAGUAAAUUUUCCGUAAUUCGGUUGCCUAAACGGUAUCACGUUUUCUUGUUAUUCAUUUAAGCAAGUAUAACUAAUGUUUGCCUUAAACGAAUCUCUUUUUCUAGUUGGUUAUUGUGAUGUUACGAAAAAAAGUGGAAUAAUUUUGAAUUGAUAUACUUAUUCCCUGUUUUAUUUUGUUUUUAGUGUGUAUGAUUAUGGCGCAUACAACUAACCACUCAAUGUUUACAAUUACCUUUUGUAACAUAAUGGAAAAAAUACACUUACUUUUCAAUGUUUCGUCAGCAGCAUAACCGAUUUUCGGGUUAAUGAUAAAUUGGUAAACCAUUUGAAAAAUAAGUAAUUAAUAUCAGACAACUAAUACGUAGCUAUACUUGGUAGUUUUGAUUGCCUUGUGUAAAGUAGUACAUUUUUAAUUCUCAGCUGGGCUAAUACAAGUAUUAAGUUGGUAUUUUAUCUGCCUUACUCAUCUUACUCCACUUGAAUAUCACGUUACUAAUACGUGUGUGGAUCCAGCCUUUUCUCAGUCUUAUAGAGCAUGCUUAUUACAAAUUUGUUUACGUGAGUAUUCUUAACUAUUUUCUGUAUGCUAUACAAUUUACUCCAUUUGAAUAUUCGCUUAUCGAUCCUGCAGAUAUGAUUUAAAUCAACAUUUCUUCUCUGACACAAAAUUCUUUAAAACUUUUAUUUUUUUGGCAUUUUGCAUAUUGUAAUUUAAGUAGAUAAAAAACGAAAAAUUAUUUAUUGAUUAAUAACUUUAAAUUUCAUUUGUUGAUAGUUCGUGAAAUACCUUUAAAUUAGACUAACACUUCAGGCGUGCUAAACAUUGAGCUAGUUCUUAUUCAUCGUGUUUGUCAAAAUAAAAACCAUUGGUAACGGCUCGAACUCUGAAGGUAUUUACAUGCAUUGCGUCUAUUCCCAGUUCAAUAAAAUAAAAAAUACAAAAAAAACGUAUGCGUUAACUAUGUUCCUUAGAUUAAUAUUGAUUCGAAAAUUUCCACCGAUAUAUGUAGUUUUCAUGCUUUUAACAUCUAAAUGUGAUUUUGAGUUAUGUAAUAUGGUUUCAAAUCUUCUCUGAAACUGCGUUGAGCUCUUAUCAAGAGAAAUUCAAGACGAAAACUAAGAAUUAACCACAAUAUAUAAGUCACAAUAGAGUCGUCUCUCUCUCUCUCUCUGAAUGGAUGUUUUACCUGUAUUAUUUGUCAUUUCAUAAUAGAAAAAGUAAUGACCAUAACCUCCAGGUGUCAUGAAACCCGCCACACGGUUGAAGUUUCUAUAGAAACUACAUAGUGUUAAACCAUUAAGAUCUACUGCGACCUUUUCCGACCAAUAAUAGGGUAAUAGGUCACUAGUAAACCAUUAAGUUAUGUUCGUAUUAUAACCAGUUCUCUAUAUUAAAACCUGUCAUUGCGUGUAUGUGUGAAAUGUUUCAAAGAUUCAUUUGUUCAAACUAAAAGGGAAAUAAACUUAGUAUGCUUUUUAUACUACAUUUAUCAUUCCCUUGGCAUUAGACCGUCCAUAACGUUAACUACAAGUUUUGUGUAUUGUUUUAAAAUUUCCACACUUUCGUUAAAAAAAUAUAGUCCGCACGUUUGUCCUUUGUGUCAUGUAACGAGUGAUCGUAUUUAUGUUCUUAGAUUACCUAGAAUUUACCCAUGUAAAGUCAAGGAAACGCACAUUAAUUAAGAAUUUAACGAACUCGUAGGUCUUGAGUCUAACACCUGUAAUGUCAAGCAAACACAUUAAGAAAGUAACGAACUAGUAGGCCUAGAACCUACACCUGUAAAUUUAAGCAAAAACACAUUAAGAAAGUAAUGAACUUGUAGGCCUACUGCCUAUAUCUGUAAACUUACACCUAACAAGAUACUGAUAAAUCUGCCAACUCGUAGGCCUAGAGCUAUAAAUUUAAGCAAACACAUUACGAAAGUAACGAACUUGUAGGCCUUGUGCCCAUUUCUGUAAACUCAUGUUAAAGAAAUACUGAUAAAUCUGUCAACUCGUUGGCCUAGAGCCUACAACUGUAAAGUCAUGCCAAACAAACAAAUUAAGAAAGUAACGAACUCGUAGGCCUGGAAUCUACACCUGUAAAGUCAAAUCAACCAAACACUAAAAAAAUAACGGACUCGUAGGUCUGAAUUGGUUAGGCAUACACCUUUAAUCUCGCAUCAAGCAAAUGCUAACAUAUCUGUGAAUUUGUAGGCCUAGUUUCAAACAAACAUACAGAUAUACGAGCGUCUUUUACUUCCAGAAACUCGACACAGGACAGCGAAUAAAUUAAACUGGACAAAGCCUAGCACCACCUUAAAAAAUAAUAAAAUGAGUUUUCACCUAGGAAAUAAGGUGUAAAUUAUUUUGUGUUUGUUUGUUUGUUUGUUGUUAUAAUUUUCAAGUAACUUCAGGCAGUCUCUUUAUUAUAUAAUUAUAAUGUACUCUUUUCUUAUAUUUUUUAGAGGGAGAGUUUUGGUUGUGUUAGUUCUCCAAUUAUUUCUCAAAAUUAGAAUUUUUUAUAUACAAUAAAAAUUGUGAUAAUAUUGUGUUUUCGAAAUAUUAGUAAGCUUCGCCCAAUUAAAAACAAACUCGUAAAAACCCUUAAAUAAGUAUGGAUAAUCAAAUGAUUUUAAAAUAAACAUUACUAUGAAAUUGUAUGUAUUACAUUAAAGCUAAUUGGCCAAUUGUGCGUUGAAACAAGAAGUUUAAUUAACGGUUGCGGUAACUAAUCACCUGUCUUCACUUUCUUAAGUUGAUCAUACAGUACAGAAUCAUCUUCAAGUGAAGAUUUUUGGAAAAAGGAAAGUAGUCAUGUCAGUACUUUCUUCAAAUCGUUAAUACUUUGAUACACGUGACACAAGACCUAUAGAUACUUUUCACGUUGUGUCACUGAACAUUGUUACUGUUACUACAGGAAUUGAAUCUCUCGGGAUCUGUUUUUGAGGUCACUGCCAUUUUUUACUUUAUGUAGACCGUCUUUGCUCAAAUAUGGUGCUUGUUGAGCUAUUGAAGAAAGUCACACUGCCCUUAUAUUAUCAGUCAUAACGACUCGGGGAAAAAAAAAGGUUAACCAGGACUGUAUUUACCAGAGACUCCAAAGAACUUUUCUUGCCUUCGAACUUCAUCUGGUUCAUAGUGGGUAAGUUUCACGAGUUACCCGAUUUGUUCUGAUUGGUGUUACAGUCGUUGACUAUCCACGGGGAUAGUGGUCACUCGGAAAUCGCUGAACAACAAAAUCAUAUUGCCUAAAUCCAUACUUAAGAAGAAAUCUCUCUGGUGUUCUAUAAAAUGUUUGAAAACCCUAAUGUUUUCUGGUUUCUUUAUAUUAGACACUGUCGUAAGGAAUUCAGUGAUGAAGUUGCAAUGUUUAACAAUCAAAUAAGUUAAACGUGAAUGUGCCAAGAGCUUAUUUUACUAGGUUGUGUUUUCUACAUCUCUGUACAUAGGCAUUUCACUUAACAUCUGUACAUCUAUAUCCUAGUGGAGAUUUUUAUAAGUAAAUCUUUUUCCAGUUCGUUUUGCCUUUUUUUAGUAUGCAAAGUUUGACAUUGUUAUACGACUUGAAAGAUAGCUUUUAGACUUUACUCGUUUUUGUGGUAUCAGACAGUAUGAUAGGAUUUGAUUAUAUUAUUUGUAUUAUUAUUUAAUUAACGAAUGAGCUAUCGUGUUAUUAAGCUCUUUGUCAUUGACGGCUGGAAGUGGAGAACCGUCAGUUUCACUAUCGAAGUUUCUAGAUAAUUAAAGAUUUGAUUUGAAAUACAGACACUUGUCUCGGGAUUGAAAAUUUUUAAGGUUUUUUUAACCACCACCUUUGGAACACUAAUCAAACCACUAUAUAUGUUAUACUGUUUUGAACAGUGGGCUUGUAUUAGUGAAAUGGAAGAUAUAUUUGUAGGUAAGUGUAAAGUACAUCUAUUAUAUAUAUUUAAAAAAAAAACUUGAAACUGACACUUAUAAGGUAAACUCAUCAUUUAAAAAACAAACGCGAAAGGAAAGCAUUUAUCUCAACAAACUUCCAGCAUAACAAGUUAAAGCUUUUCUUUUUAUUGAGCACCACGCUUAUGCCGUUAAUAUCAUUACUGCAUUAAAUUACAGGUUGCCUUGUUAAUUAUAUCAAUAGUUGAUACAACGUGUCAGGAAUGUAAUCAUAGUUUGGUUUUGAUUCAAAAUAUGGCUACUAGCCAGAAUAGGAUUGCUGUUUGAUGUAGAAAGUUUUUAAGAAAUCAUCACUAAUUGUUUUAUUUUUCUGGAAUACUUAAAUAUUACACAUUAAUUGUGUCGGCAACAAACCUGCGUUAGGAUUAAUCGAUUAUAUGUGUUCUUUUUUGUGUCAAAGUCAAGGUCUAAUAAAAUAUGCUUCUUUUUUCUUUUCUUUCUUUAAGUGAA